AUCUCCAUGCGCCUGGUGCCAUCAACAACAAAUGCAAUGGGGUUACACAUGCUGCGGCAGUUACACCUUAGUCGGGCGAAGCUCAAGGCUUCUAGUAAGACAUCUGCACUUCUCUCUGGCUUUGCUAUGGUGGCUAUGGUAGAGGUGCAGCUCCUGAAGAAAUGUGAGGACAAAUGUACCACUAACUGCCCUGAUGCUGACAACUGCAGCAAUAUCCCUGAUGGACUCCUCAUUGCGUUCUCAGUGUGCACCACGCUCCUGGUGGCUGUACACCUCCUGGCCCUCAUGAUCUCCACCUGCAUUUUGCCACAUGUUGAGGCCGUUGCUAGCCUGGCCCAUGUUGACUCCAUGACCAACCUUCACUCGGGCAAUCCAGGUGUCUAUGAGUCCCCCCAUGUAACUAUGCGAUGGUAUAUUGAGGCUGCUUGGACAUUUUCCACAGUGUUUGGCAUCUUGUUGUUCCUAAUUGAGAUAGGUAUCCUUAGCUGGGUUAAGUUUCUGGAUUACUCACCCACUGCUUCAGUUGUCUCAACGAUCUUGCUUGUGCCGAUUGUUUUGGUGUUUACUGGAUUUGCUUUUCACUUUUAUUACAAAUUAGUUGCCCACAAAGUUGAGAGUGCUGGAAAGAACCUUCAAGAGAUAGAAGAACAGCUGAGACAGCUUCAGGAAAGAACGAAUGAAAACCAGCCAAAUGGAGCCAAUUCUUCCAUUCAAGUGGUGUGAUUGUUUUGGUCAAGCCAGCAACUUGGGAAUCAUUUCAGGAAAGAAAUUUGGCAUUUAGAUCUUGUUCCUGUAUAAAGAUUGUAUAUGUGAUGUUUAGGAAUUAUAUUUUCUGCUUUGUGUGUCAUGUUUUUUUAUAUUGCUUCUAUUUUCUAAGGGGAUUGUCUAAUUUGCAGAUGAUUUUUAUAUUUAUCUAUUCAUAUGUUUUUAGUUUUGCCUGUCAAGCCCUUUCAUUCCUUUCAGUUUUGUAUGGGGUGCCAAGCAUUUUUUAUUAUGAUUUUAACAUGGAUGGUAUUUAAACAAUCAAGAGAAACUGUGUCUCUUCAUAUAUGUAUUAUUUUUUUAUGCAAAAAUAUGUUCAAUAAAGAAAACUUGAUUAUGAAAGCAUUUCCAGGGUUAAAGUUGUGAGAAAAAGAAUAUUUGUUAUAUUAAUAUAUUUAGCUAUAACUACUAAAUAACUACUAAAAAAGAUAUUUUUCCUUGAAUGAAUCUUUACUGUUAUGGGUGGAAAGACAGUGGAAAAGACAUAGAUAGUAGAAAAACCUUUAUUUAAAACCUACAAAGGUGUUAGACCAUAAAAUCAUUAUAUGCAUAUGAAUAUAGGAAUUAUUUAGAGAAAGCCUGCUUCAUCCUUAUAUUUUUAUCUAUUUAUUGUUUGUAUAUUUAUUUUUUGUGUUUGUUUCCCAUGAUUUUUAUGGUUAGAUUUUUAAACACAAAUGGCAUACUAAAUAUCUGGGGAAUUACAUGAGAUAUACAUCUCUCUCUUAAGAUUUGUGAUUUAUUAACCUAAAGUCUAAAGUGGAACAGAUUUAUAUAAGAAAUAGGUUAAACAAAGGUAAUCAGUUGUAUUAUAUGAAGUGCAAGAGGGAAGCCUCACUAACAAUUCUUCCCAAAAUCCUGGCUAUUCCACUGUCUGGUUCUAGGUAUACAGGUUGUAUUCAUAUAAUAUAAUAUUGUGAUAAGUAGCUAGUUCUCUUUUUUUAUGGUGAGUCGAUAUAAAUUCAUUUAGUAGUACAAAGUACAGUAACUAGAAAGAAGAAUGACAGCUUCAUUGAAAACCUUUGUUUCGAAUAAGAUAAUGCAACAAGAAAUUAUAAGAAUUGUUAAAUGAUUGAUGACGGAAACUAUAGUUUGGUAAGAAAUUAGGCAUUCCCUAUAAGUCCUUUAAAUUUUGUUAUAUAUAUUAUUCAUAUUAUUUAAAUACUUGGGAAUCUCUGAUUCAAGUUAGUGGCUUCCAAUAUCCACAUGUUGAAAAGUCUUUUAUUUGUUGAUUCUUUUAAGGAACAUCUGAAGACAGUUCUCAUUCUGUAGUCAUACAGUCUUGCAGAUAGUACCUUAAGAUAAUGAUAAAAAAAAAAA